GCCGGAGGACCUUUCCCAGAAUGCCCUUGUAGGCGGCGCGCGCGGGCCGGGUUGGAGGCGUCUCGUUGUCAGGUUGCGCCGCCCGCCGCCACGCUGUUCCUCUGUCGCAAAAGGCGGUUGGGCAGCGCCGCCGCGCGGCUUCCGUGGGUGCUGCGCAGUCGCCGCCGCGCAUUGACAUGUGGCCGGGGAGCCGCUGAGGAGCGAGCGGAGCAGGCGGCGGUGGCGCAGCGCGCUCGGAGCCCGCCCCUCCCCCCGCGGAGCCUUUAGGCCGGGGACGCGUUUCAGGCUUCAGCCGCAGAGAAGCGACCGCGGCGGCGGCUCCCGGAAGCCCCGAGGCGGAGCCUCCAUGUUGGGGAAGCUGGCAGCGCGGCAGUGACCGAGCCCUGUGGGGACGCACGCGGGGCCUCUACGGCCGGAGCCUCCGAUCCUUGGCGCCAGUUCAUCAAAACUCAGUUGUUGAACACAUUCCAGAUUCCUUGGAUGCUAACAUAACGUUGUAUUUCCCAAGUAGAGAUGAAGAACAAAAAAAAAUGUAUUCCAAAUAUUGAGGAUCAAAAACAUGAAGACAUGGAAGGUGAAGAGAAUGAAGAAAGCUGUUCCUGUCCUACUGCUGUGUUAUAUGAUGAAGCUGACAGGUGCCCGAUCUGUCUAAACUGCCUUUUAGAACAGGAGGUUGGUUUUCCUGAAAACUGCAGGCACUUCUUCUGCAUGCCCUGUAUUCUUAAAUGGGCUGAAAUUAUGUCUUCAUGUCCGAUUGAUCGCAAACCUUUUCAAACAGUGUAUCAGCUUGGUGCAUUAAAAUACCAUAUAAAGGUUCAGGAGAAGAUUCAACUAAGGGAGAAGGGAGAAAAAGAAAACUGCUGCUGCAAUAAGGAAAAAUAUUACCACAUGAAUACAAAAAUCUUUAUGAGAAGGGAUGCAUGUGCUGACAAAGGACCAUUAAUAGAAAAACUCUGUAAAGAUUUGAAGAACUACAGUGGUAUUUCAGAUGAUGAAAGAAAUAAGGAAACUGCAUCUGUGAAGAUAAACAAGCCCAGAAGACAGACCUGCUCCAAUGAGUGCUUCAGAAAUCAUUUCUGCAGUAGAUCUCCUUCCAGUGGAGAAUCCUUCUCCAGCUAUAGAAAUGACUGUACAGAACUUACAGAAAUCCAUACAGUGAUCAGACAGAAGAGACGAGAACUGGAAUUGUCAUCAUCCUCUGUGUUAGCUAGAGUUCAAAGAAAUCUCUUCAUGUUUUGUGAAGCUGAAGCAGAAACCUUUCUUCUUGCUUCCAGUGUAAUGCCAGAGACUGUUUUUCCAACACAUACCACGCCUUUGGAAAAUUUUGAUCCUUCGGGAAAGAGAUAUGCUGUUGCAUGUACACAAGAAGGAGAGGAGAAAAAACAAGCCUCUGGCACAUCUGGUACUAGAGGAACAAGAAAGAAGACUGCAAAUACUACUCCUAGAAGAUCUGCACGGAACAGAAAAACUGAGACUAUGAGUCAAUCUUGCAGCUCACCAAGAUCAAGUAAUUCUGGAUGUGAUGCCCCCAAUGACAAUAACUCAACUGUAAAUGUUUCUUCUGCAGAUUCAGAAAAACCACUUUCAAAACGGAAGUCUAAAAGAGGAGUUAAACAGCAGGUACCUUUGGUUAAAAAGAAACUUAGAAGUUCUCUGCGUUCUGAAAAAUCAUCGAGCGAUUCAGUGGAAGAUGACCAAGCUGCUGAGUCUGAUACACCUCCAAUAUUAGAUAAAGACCACCUGUCAGAUAUUGAAAGUAGUAACUCUUGCCUUAUGCAUAAAAAUAAUGCAGAAACAGAGUCUGCUAAUGGCUUGGAAAGCUGCAGUGAACAUAUAGAGAGUGAGGCUCUUACCAGAGACUGUGACAAAGAACAGGAUACCCUAGCAAAUUCAGAUUCAGGUUCUUAUAUCCAAGAAUCUCCUGUGUUAACCUUAGAGGCUCAGAAAUGUGAAAUAAAAGAUGUUAAUAAAAAUGUUACAGAUUUUGAAAAUAAAGAUGUCUGUGAAAAUAUUCUUGAACAAAUAAAACAGCCAGUGGAUAGUCACAGAGAUCAAUUAGUUGAGGAUUCAAUAACGCCUACAAAAGUAGAUGAGACAUUAGAUAGUCCCCAAGAUGAAUUGCUUGAGUAUCCAGAAUCUGUGGCAAAAGUAGUUCAGCCUUUAGACAGCCCCAGAAAUGAAUUGACUGAGCAUCCAGAAUCCAUAGAAAUUGAUGAUUCUGAGGACAAAGAUCAGGCAGCAAAUUGUAACACUUCAAAUAUUGAGAACAUAAAAACUGUUCAAGAUACUGAAACAGCUGUAUUAAUAAAUAAUAUUUCUCUAGACAUUAACAAAUUGGACCAGUCUUUAGAAGAGGAGCCCAUACCUGUAUGUGAAGAGGCCAGAACUACAGAGUUACUCAAGGUGAAUGUUGAACAAUCUAAUAAACACUUUAAUGAGGAUAAUAAUGAAAUGAUACCGAUGGAAUGUGACUCAUUUUGCAGUGACCAGGCUGAAUCUCAAAUUGAACAGUCAUCACCAGUUGAUAGUAUAAAACAAGAGGAGGCAAACUCAUUGCAGCAAGAUUCCGAAAACUGUGUAUCACACUCAGGUCUUUCUGACAAAAAAGAUGAAGCUUCUUCUCAAGAAACAGAAUGCUCAACAGAAUUUAAAAAAGAUAAAAAGACUCGAACUAGAAGGUCUAGAUUUCACUCUCCAUCAACGACUUGGUCUCCUUCUAGGAGAGAGGGUGGGAAAUCUCAGUCACCAUCUCCCAAAAGAGAGACUAUCAGGGAGGGCAGGAGGUCUCGGUCACCCGACAGGGAAACUGCCAGGGAGGGCAGGCGAUCUCCUUCUCGGUCUCCAAAAAGAGAGACUGUUAGAGGGGGCAGGAAAACACCAUCUCGGUCUCCUAAAAGGGAGACUGACAGGGAAGGCAGAAGAUCUCCUUCUCGGUCAAGAGUUAAAGAUUCCUCUCCAAGGCAAAAAUCUAGGUCUCAAAGCAAAGACAGGGAUAGUGAUAGAGAUGGACAAAGGAGAGAUCAUGACAGAGAGAGAAGAAAUAGGAGAUGGUCAAGAUCCCGGUCACGAUCUAGAUCAAGAUCCAGAUCAAGAACAAGAAGUAAGGGUCCUUCAUUCAUUAGGAAUGACAGAGAUGGUCACUCUCCUCGGUGGAAAGAGAGAUGGACAAAUGACAGCUGGAGAAGUCCCAGAGGAAAUGAUAGAUACAAAAGAAGUGAACAGGAAAAACAGAAUGAAAAUAUACAAAAAGAAAAAGACAAUACAGAGAAAAGUACAGAUGAGCAAUGUUCUUCUGAAAAGCAUAAGAAUGAUUGUCCAGACUGGGUAAUGGAAAGGAUAAAUUCUGUUCCCGAAACUAGGAGCAGAGAGAGAGACAAAUUUAAAGAUCCACAAUGGGAAGAAAAUAGACACGAUAAUUCAGGACAUUCAUGGAAUAAAAACUUUGGUUCAGGUUGGAUUUCAAAUCGCAGCAGAGGUGGCCGUGGCAGAGGUGGCCGUGGCAGAGGUGGUUUCACGUAUGGAGACCAGAAUGAAAACCACUGGCAAAAUAGAAAACCCCUCUCAGGAAACUCAAAUAGUUCUGGGAAUGAGACUGCAAGGUUCCCAGAACAUCAACCAUACAGGCGUAAGAGUGAACAAGAUUUUUCUUUUGAUACGCCUGCUGAUAGGUCUGGGUGGACAUCUGCAUCUAGUUGGGCUGUAAGAAAGACUUUACCUGCAGAUGUACAGAACUAUUAUUCAAGAAGAGGGAGAAAUUCCUCAAGUCCCCAGUCUGGAUGGGUGAGGCAAGAAGAUGAGACGUCUGAGCAAGAUCCAAACCUCAAAGACCAAACAAACCAACCAGGUGAUGGCUCUCAGCUACCAAUAAAUAUGAUGCAGCAACAAAUGAAUGUAAUGCCACAAGUGAAUGCACAACACCAACCUAUGAAUAUCUUCCCAUAUCCAGUGGGUGUUCAUGCUCCUAUUAUGAACAUCCAACACAAUCCAUUUAACAUUCAUCCUCCGCUGCCCAUGCAUCUCCAUACAGGAGUACCUCUCAUACAGGUAGCUGCUCCUACCAAUGCUCAGGGAUUACCACCACCUCCACCUCCUCCCCCACCAUCUCAGCAAGUCAGCUACAUUGCUUCACAACCAGAUGGAAAACAAUUGCAGGGUAUUCCUAGUGCUCCUCAUGUAAGUAAUAACAUGAGUGCACCACUCUUGCCUGCUCCAACAGCAGUCCUGGGAAAUGUGGGAACAGUUCAGGGACCAAGUUCUGGUAAUGCAACAUCAUCAAGUCACAUCAAAACCUCUAAUGCUGCUGUAAAAUUUGCAGAAGGCAAAGUAAGUGUUACGGUGGAAGCCAGCGCAGAUAGCUCGAAGAAAGACCAGAAAUUGUUAAUUCAGGAAAAAGCAGCACAAGAGGUAAAACUGGCUAUUAAACCUUUCUACCAGAAUAAAGAUAUUACCAAGGAGGAAUAUAAAGAAAUUGUGCGGAAAGCAGUAGAUAAAGUUUGUCAUAGCAAGAGUGGAGAAGUCAAUUCUGCAAAAGUGGCGAAUCUAGUGAAAGCAUAUGUAGACAAAUACAAACAUUCACGGAAGAAAAAUCCAGAGGAAGCAGUCUCUGCUGAAAGAAAGAGAGAGUAAAAUGAAAAAGAACUGAAAACAUGAUCAAGAUAAAUCUGCAAAGUGCAAUUUCAACAUGAACCAUUAACUGAAAAUUAUUCAUGAUUGAUUGGAAUCUGGUUUUGAUAAAAUUAUUUUUCAAUGUAGUAUAUGUUUUGUUCUAAAUAAAUAUAGAUCUAACUGCAACUUCUUUAUCCCUUUUCAAAAAAGAUGCUUAAAAGAAAGUAAAAGGUGUAAAGGAGGGUGCAUUUUUAUUAGGAAUGUACGAUUGUGUGGAUACUAGCAGAUGUACAGCAUUUUGACUUGAAUAAUGAAGUGCGUAAAAUUAGAAACUUCUAAGUACAUUGGUUUUGGAACAGGUAUGUACAGUACAUGUAAUCAGUCAGGUUAAAGAUAUUAAAGUAAGAUUUUUCUCUUUGAUUUUUCCCCUAAUUAUAAUAAAGAUAAUGUAUUCCCCUGACAAAUAUUUCUAGUGUUAACUGGACAGAGUGAUUGCAGGGGUCAGUGUGUGUAUAUAAAAAAAAAAAAAAGCACAUGGCUAUGUCUGAACAGAAGAACUGUUUAGAUACAAAAAAAAAAAUUAAUCAAACAGUAAGAUUCAGUGUCCAGUAUCAUGGGCACUGUACAUCUAUUGUAACACCAAAUAAAGGUUAUGCUGCUUGUUUUUGUUUUGUGACUUUUGUUUUAAGAUGUUGGGACAAAUCUGCUUAAUUCUUAAUGGAAAUUAAUUGAAGGCUUCAGUUCCAAGAGGUAUGGUUCAGGCAACCACAGUACGUAUCUAAUUCUUCCCUUAUCUGGUAAAAGGACCUAGGAAAUUAUCACUGUGUAAGGCUGGAUAUGCAGGAA